CAGUUACGUUGACAGUAGCAAACAUGAACAAAGCACUAGCAAUCGGUUGGACAUUGGCUUUGGUGUGGCUUUCCCUGGCGGCCAUGGUAGAUGGAGUUCUCUACGAGAUAGAGCUGAACAACUUUGAGGCAGUUCCGCAGGAGAUAGAUGACUUUCUGGAGUACGGAACGAUUCGGCUGACUCGCAAGGGAAGGAAUCAGCUUGGAGUUUCCGGUUCCUUUAGCGUGUUAACAAAUGCAGGAAAGGAAACACUGGUUCGCUGGAUAGUAUAUAAGUAUGAUUUUAUGGGAAACAGGCGAAUGUUCGUGAAUGGAGAAGGUACGCUGUGUGAAAUCAUUGCCAAGGACGAGCUCAUCUAUCCGAAUCUGCUGGAAACGUCCAACAUGCCGCCGCAAGACGCGUGUCCCUUCCCGAAAGGCAACUACACGAUCAAUAACUUCGUAAUGGAGGAGCAAAGAUUACCACCAGCCGUACCGGCCAGUGAUUGGUUGAUAGAAACAAUCAUUACCCGUGGUGGUAAAAUCGGUGGUGGCUUCAGAGUUAGUUUUACUACCAAAUAAAGCAGGACGCUGGAGGAUUAAGUCGAC